GGGGGUUGGGAAGAUGGCGGCUCCCAGCCUCCUCAACUGGAGGCGGGUUUCCUCCUUCACGGGGCCGGUUCCCCGCGCCCGACACGGACACCGGGCUGUGGCCAUCCGGGAGCUGAUGAUUAUCUUUGGAGGGGGCAACGAGGGCAUAGCGGACGAGCUGCAUGUGUACAACACCGUUACGAAUCAGUGGUUCCUACCAGCGGUUAGAGGAGACAUCCCUCCUGGAUGUGCUGCCCAUGGAUUUGUCUGUGAUGGUACCAGAAUAUUAGUAUUUGGGGGAAUGGUUGAAUAUGGAAGAUACAGCAACGAGUUAUAUGAAUUACAAGCAAGUCGUUGGCUAUGGAAAAAAGUGAAACCCCAUCCCCCUUCUUCUGGUUUACCUCCUUGUCCUCGUCUUGGACAUAGCUUUUCUUUGUAUGGUAACAAAUGCUAUUUGUUUGGUGGCCUGGCAAAUGAAAGUGAAGAUUCAAACAAUAAUGUUCCCAGAUAUUUAAAUGAUUUCUAUGAGUUGGAACUACAGCAUGGAUCUGGUGUUGUGGGUUGGAGCAUUCCAGUGACUAAAGGCAUUGUGCCUUCUCCAAGAGAAUCCCACACAGCUGUUAUAUAUUGUAAAAAAGAUUCUGGAAGUCCUAGAAUGUAUGUUUUUGGUGGAAUGUGUGGUGCUCGCCUGGAUGACCUAUGGCAACUUGACUUAGAGACUAUGUCGUGGUCAAAACCAGAAACUAAAGGGACAGUACCACUUCCACGAAGCCUUCACACAGCCAGUGUUAUAGGAAACAAGAUGUAUAUUUUUGGUGGAUGGGUUCCACAUAAGGGGGAAAAUAUUGAGACUUCACCUCAUGAUUGUGAAUGGAGAUGUACCAGUUCAUUUUCUUACCUGAAUCUGGAUACAGCAGAGUGGACCACCCUAGUAUCAGAUUCUCAGGAAGAUAAAAAAAAUUCAAGACCAAGACCAAGAGCUGGACACUGUGCUGUUGCAGUUGGCACUCGAUUGUAUUUUUGGAGUGGAAGAGAUGGGUAUAAAAAAGCAUUGAAUAGUCAAGUUUGCUGCAAGGAUCUUUGGUAUCUUGAUACUGAGAAACCACUGGCACCGUCACAAGUACAGCUGAUCAAAGCUACUACCAACUCUUUUCAUGUCAAGUGGGAUGAAGUGCCUACAGUUGAGGGCUAUCUUUUGCAGUUGAAUACGGACUUGCCGUACCAAGCUGCAUCACCAGAUUCUACAGCAGCACCAAAUAUGCAAGGAGUCAGGAUGGACCUACACAGACAAGGCAGUAAUAGCAUCGGUCCCAACAGUAUCCAUGAUACAGUAAACAGUGCAAAAACUGAACAUACAGCCGUGAAAGGAACUUCAAUUAAAAACAAACUAGAUCCCAAAGCAUCUCUUGAUUCUAAUGCCAUUUUACUUUCAUCUUUGGCAACUGAUGCUUCUAAUCAUAAUAGUUGUGUGGUGGAUGUGCAAAGGCAAAAUGAAGGUCCUCACACUUCAGCAAAUAUAGGUGUUCUGAGUAGUUGCCUGGACUUAAGAACAGUAAACCCUGAAACUUCUGCAUCCAGUACUAUUUCCAGCGCACAAACUAUGGUAACCCAGCAGACCAUUAAAACUGAAUCAUCCAGUACAAAUGGGGCAGUUGUUAAAGAUGAAACUUCACUAACAACAUUCAGUACCAAAUCUGAAGUUGAUGAAACAUAUGCACUGCCUGCAACUAAGAUCAGCCGUGUAGAGAUACAUGCUGCAGCGAUUCCAUUUUCUAAAGAAAUUCCUUCAAAUCCAGUGGCCACAAUGAAAACAGAACGACAAUGGUGUGAUGUGGGAAUUUUUAAAAAUAACACAGCUUUGGUGAGCCAGUAUUAUUUGCUGCCAAAAGGGAAGCAAAACAUCUCAAAGGUUGGAAAUGCAGACGUGCCUGACUACAGUUUACUUAAGAAACAAGAUCUUGUUCCCGGCACAGGAUACAGAUUCAGGGUUGCUGCAAUCAAUGGUUGUGGAAUAGGCCCUUUCAGCAAAAUCAGUGAGUUUAAAACUUGUAUUCCUGGUUUUCCUGGAGCUCCUUCUGCAGUCAGAAUUUCAAAGAAUGUUGAGGGUAUCCACCUCUCCUGGGAACCUCCAACUUCACCUUCUGGAAAUAUUUUGGAAUAUUCAGCCUACUUGGCUAUCCGUACAGCACAGAUACAAGAUAAUCCAAGUCAACUUGUUAUGAGGAUUUAUUGUGGUCUUAAGACAUCAUGUAUAGUAACCACUGGGCAACUUGCAAAUGCACAUAUUGAUUAUACAUCCAGGCCUGCCAUUGUGUUCAGGAUAUCAGCAAAGAAUGAAAAGGGAUAUGGACCAGCUACCCAAGUUCGAUGGCUUCAAGGUAAUAAUAAGAAAGCGUCUUUAAAUUGAAUUGUAUUUUUUACUUAAGCUAUUGUGAUGAUUAUUUAUUAGUAACUGGUUAUGAACAUAUGUCAUUUAAAAGAGCAUUCUCUGAUUGUAUUUCUAGAAGUUAUGAAUGUGAGUUUGUAAGUUGUUCUUAAAAUGUAUUUGCUCAAUUCUAGCUCCAAAUAAAAAUAGAAAAGAAGCAAAGACUCUGAAAAUUAGUAUAUGGUUCCUUCCUCACAGUUAUAGCUCUUUUAUAAAGAAAAAUAGUAAAAUUAAGAUAAAAGCCUGAAGGCUUUAUUACCCCAAUAUCUUUUAUAAAGACCAUGUAGCUCAGUCAUCCUAGAGUUACUGAGAUGAUUCUAGUAACUGGCUGUUGUGCACUAUGCUGUCUGAUAUAGUAAAUGUUCUCUACAUUGUAAAUGCCCUAUCUUUAAGUACACCCUCUAAUUUUAUUUUGUAUGAACAGUGGUCCUCUAAUAACUGUCUUCUAUUAGAUAAUAUUUGUGAUACUAAUUUUAGGAGCCACUUGAUUCCUUUCUUUGCCUAUUUACAGUUAGCAUGGAGCAUAAGAAAUUUUAAAAAGAAAGGAAGGAAAGAAGGGAAAAAGGAAGGAUGAAAAGUAGGCAGGCAGGCAAGUUCAGAAACUGCUUUGAAUUUUUGUUUAUUUUCUAAGGAUCAUGGUAAAGUAAAAAAAGGAUAACAGAUUUUCUUGAUUCUUAUCAGGCCAAUAUAUUUGAAUAUAUUUUUGACCAAAGCACUUAAUUUAUCUGGCCCUCAGUGUCCUCAAUAAUAAAUGAGGGCGUUAAAAGAAUUUACCUUUAAGGUCCAUUUUCGCACUAAAAUUCUGACGUACAUUAUCUGAAGACCAGUCUUAAUGGCUCUGGCUGCUUUUGUUGGAAUUAAAACCUUCAUAAUUUAAAAUUCAAAGUUAAGGUAUGUAUCCUUCUAUUGCGGAAAGAAAGAAGCACCUUAACAGGGCACAAGUUUUGAAAUAGUGUUUUAAACAUUUGUAAGAUUUUUGUAAAUGCUCUAAAUGUUUUAUUUUUGCAUUGUUUUUACCUUGAAAUUGUAUAAACUUUUUUACAACUGAAUUAUAAGCAUUAGACAGCUUACUCAGGUUUCAUUACAACCUUAAAGAUGCAAGAUAGGCUUUAUGACCACUCUGCUACAUACAGGUGACUUGUUUUCAACCUUUUAGAAUUUUAUGGUUCCAUUGCCUAUUCAAAUCUGGAAUGAAUCUACAGAGCAAUAAUUGCAGAAAAGAUGUUUCAAACUAAGAGCUGCAAUAACUGCAGAGUCACAGUCUAUCUUUUUUAUUACAUGUAACCUUGUACCAGUUUAGGUUGACUGAGUAGCUGUGUCCUCAAACUUCAUGUACAAUAUCCCCAGCAAAGAUGGAUUUAAUUGUGCAGAAUUGAUAUAUAUAUGUGUGUUCCAGUUACUAAUUUAAAGUGUAUAGAAUAUUUUAAUAUAUAAUUUUUGUAAAGUACUGGGAUUUUUAUACUAUAGUAUUUGUAAUUAAUGUGUCUCACUAAUUAAGUUUCUCUUAAAGAAAAUAUGCAAGCUGUUAGACACAAGAUGAAUGGUUUCUGAACUCUAAAGGUAAAAUAAAUGCACUACUAUGGUGUUGCUAGAAUACUUUUUGGGGCUGUAUGAAUCCUUAAUCUUUAAAUGUGUACUUUACAAACAAUGUUUACAAGGAGCUUCUCUCUUUUGUUAUCCCAGCAACUCCCUUGGUGAGAGCUUCAUCCUGCAUUUGUUUAACUCAUAUGCUUUGCUUUUGGCAUAUGCUUGCUUUUUGCACUAGUAGAAUUUUAACUUACCUCAUUAUUAUGUUUGUAAUCAUUUGUAUAGUUUCCAUAAUGUGUCUGAAAAUAGGCUUAACAAAUACUUAACCAAAGUUAAAAUUACAAUAAAUGGUAAGCAGUUUUGCACAUAUUAAAUUCUAGGGUUUGUUGUUUAUAUGUGUUUAGUUUUUUUAAAAAAAGAGUAAGAAUAGAAAGUUAUAUUAAGUAUGUCUCAAGCCUAAUUAUUUUAAUGCUCUAUUUGUUUUAUUACAAAAAGUCUGGCUUUUGACCCCUUCCUUUCUGCAUUAAUUAGCAGUUUGCAUCUUGAAGCAUUCUCUUAAUGACGAGGAAGAAGUUGAUAUUAAGCAAAGAAUAGAAUAAUUGUUUGAGUGUGUACAUUUAUACAUAUUUAGAAUUUUCAAGUCUUUGGUUUACUUUGCUUAAAUGCUUCUAGUGUUCUAGACCAGGAGGUAAAUGUGAACCUGUGGUUCUAACAUGACUUACUUUUCAGAGGGAAGGGCAGUCUUUCCAUACCAAGGGAUUUGUUAAAGUAAUAAAUGUUUUCAUUUGAGAAUUAGCUCAGAUUUUGUUAAUCAUUUUUUGGCAUUUCUACAUAAAACACCAGUCACAUUUAUCUCUCUGAUAAAUGAUUGGUGACUGAAAGAUGCUAUUGAGAAAUUGCUGUGGCUUUGACAUGAAUAGUUAAUAAAUCUUAGAGCUGUGUGUUUCUGAAUAAAAUGGAUUGGAAUACAGAGAAGUGCAUUUAGCUUGAUUUGCACAUUUUCUAAGUAAAGAUCUUCUUGCAUAGGAGUGGGCCAUAUUAUGCAGAUAUUUUCCGUAAAAGAAUUUACAUUGAAUUAAAUUAUUUUUCUUUACUCAUCUCAGCUGGACAAGCAAUUCAGAUUUUGUGCCACAGUCUCUUUCCUGUGCUCUGCAAUUUGGGUUCAUGUAUGUAGUAAAAGUAUUUUGAUGUUGCAUGCUCUUAGAAUUAUGUUUUCUAUAUUGUAUUGGUUUUAUUUUAGCUUAGUAAACUGGGCAGUUAAACUAGAAAUAAGGCAAAUAUAAACUCAGUUUUAUCUGUAUUUUUUAAAAAUGGAAAUAAUCUGACUGCAUGAAUGAGGCCCUCCAUCAUAAUUGAAUUACGUAAAUGUAAUCUAUAGGAAGGUGAAACUUGAUCCAUUGUUUCAAAGACUUGUAGACUAGCAAAGAUUUGUUCUGAUUAGAGAUAUGGUCUACUAUAACUAAAGAUGCUUUUAUUUUUU